AUGGCGGGGCUGGGGGGGGACCGAGCCCCGGAGCCCCGCGGCCGGCGCCGGGGCCACGCCAUGCGGCAGCAGAGGGCGGCCAUGAGGAGAGCCCGCUCCGCCGCGGCCGCGCUCCAGCGCUCCGCACCGGCCCCCCCGCGCCCCCCCCGGCCGGGCUGGCUGCAGCGGAUCCCCCCGUGUGAGCGCGCUGGGAUGGCAGCGAUGGAUGCGGAGGGGAAAGCGUCCGCCCGGGACCCCCGGGAGCUGCUGGAGGGAACCCCCACAGCCCACCUCAUCCCGCCGGCCUCGGGCAGGGAUUCUCCUGCAGCCCACCUCAUGCCGCCGGCCUCGGGCAGGGAUUCUCCUGCAGCCCACCUCAUCCCGCCGGCCUCGGGCAGGGAUCCUCCUGCAGCCCACCUCAUCCCGCCGGCCUCGGGCAGGGAUUCUCCUGCAGCCCACCUCAUCCCGCCGGCCUCGGGCAGGGAUUCUCCCAUGUGUCCAGCGCGGCCGCGCCGGAAAGCGCUGGCACGUGGAGCGGCCAAGGCACCGGCACAAGCGGGGGGCCUGGGGCUGCUGCGGGAGCUGGUGGGGCUGCGGGGGGGCCGCCUGCGCCCCACCAUCUGCAGUGAGUGCGGGAAGGGCUUCAGCCGCAGCUCGGACCUGGCGCGGCACCAGAUCACCCACACGGGCGAGAAGCCCUUCACGUGCGGCGCCUGCGGCAAAGGCUUCAGCCAGAACUCCAACCUGGUGACGCACCGGCGCAUCCACACCGGCGAGAAGCCCUACGGCUGCGGCGCCUGCGGGAAGCGCUUCAGCGAGAGCUCCGCGCUCAUCCAGCACCAGCGGACCCACACCGGGGAGCGGCCCUACGGCUGCGGGGAGUGCGGGAAGCGCUUCAGCGUCAGCUCCAACCUCAUCCGCCACCGGCGCACCCACACCGGGGAGCGGCCCCACGUCUGCGCCGAGUGCGGGGACGGCUUCCGGCACAAGGCCCAGCUCCGCCGGCACCAGAAGCUUCACGUUGUGUUCCCGGAUUUCCCGUCACCGGAGGAGCUGACCGACACCCCCCCCCCCCCCGCAUCGCUCGCUGUGGGGUUUGGGGGUGUCGCGGGCUGGGGACCCCCCCCUUGCUCUUUAUCCGAGAUUCCCCCCCUUGUGUUUUCACUGCUCCGAGUGGGAAAAGCGCAUCCGGCGGCGGCGGGGCCGGGGGAAUGGGAUGACGCUGGGACCUUCCUGUUCUCGGCCUCCCCCUGCACCAGCCUCGCGCUCAGCCCAUCGCCCCCCCAGACCCUUCACCGGGGCCCCCCCCAACCCCUGCGCCCAUCAUCCCACAUCCCAGCGCUCCAGCCCGUGCUGCGGCCCCGCGGAGGUUUUGGGGUCCAGCACCAGGGCAGAGCCGUGGGGAGCACUGGGAGCAGCAGCGGGACCCCCCAAAACCGCCCUGAGCGCAGCCCCCCGCCGGCUGCCCCCAUGGAGCAGGAGGAGCCCUGCGUGGUGGAGCUGCACGACUCGGACGAGGGGGACAUGGUCCGGAGGGUCUACAUCGCUGAUGACGGCAUCGUGAGUGACUGCGAGGACGAGGUGCUGCCCCACGAGAUCAUCCAGACCGUCAUCCCGCACAGCCCCCUGCCCCCCAAAGCCAAGAAACGGGGGGGACAACCCAGCUCCGGCGCCGCCACGUCAGCGGGGGGCUACGGCGAGGAGGAGGAGGAGGAAGGGGGGACGCGGCACCGGGGCGGCCGCCAGCGCCCCUUCAUCUGCAACGAGUGCGGGAAGAGCUUCAGCCACUGGUCGAAGCUGCUGCGGCACCAGCGGACUCACACCGGGGAGCGGCCCAGCACGUGCGGGGAGUGCGGGAAGAGCUUCAGCCAGAACUCCCACCUGGUGCAGCACCGCCGGACCCACACCGGGGAGAAGCCGUAUCGCUGCGGGGACUGCGGCAAGAGCUUCAGCUGGAGCUCCAACCUCAUCCAGCACCAGCGCAUCCACACCGGCGAGAAGCCCUACAGCUGCGGGCAGUGCGGGAAGAGCUUCACGCAGAGCAAGAACCUCAUCAAGCACCAGCGCACGCACUCGGGCGCGCGGCCCCACCGGUGCGCGCAGUGCGGCCGCGGCUUCGCCCAGAGCACCAACCUGCUCAAGCACCAGCGCGUCCACGCCGCCCGCGGCCAGGCCCCGGCCUGCCCCGAGUGCGGGCAGAGCUGCCGCGAUGGUGCUGAGCUGGAGCGGCACCGGGCGCAGGCGCACGGGCACGAGCCCUACAUCUGCGUGGAGUGCGGGGAGAGCUUCGCCCGCAGCGCCACGCUCAACCGCCACAAGCGCAUCCACAAGCCCCUCUUCGUGCCCUGA